AUGCCGACUGUCAGCGUGAAGCGCGAUCUGCUCUUUCAAGCUCUGGGUCGCACCUACACUGAUGAAGAAUUUGAUGAACUUUGUUUUGAAUUUGGCUUGGAACUUGAUGAAAUUACUUCAGAGAAGGAGCUUAUAAGUAAGGAACAAGGCAAUGAAAAGGCAUCCGGGGCCUCUGAUGUUGUUCUUUACAAAAUCGACGUGCCUGCCAAUCGCUAUGAUCUCCUGUGUCUGGAAGGAUUGGUCCGAGGACUUCAGGUCUUCAAAGAAAGGAUAAAGGCUCCAGUAUAUAAACGGGUAACACCGAAUGGAGAAAUGCACAGAUUGACCGUGACAGAAGAGACAGACAAAAUACGCCCUUACGCGGUAGCAGCCGUUCUCCGCAACAUAAAGUUUACAAAAGAUCGCUAUGACAGCUUCAUUGAUCUUCAGGAGAAAUUACACCAGAACAUUUGCAGAAAAAGAUCGUUGGUCGCCAUUGGCACUCAUGAUCUGGACACGUUAUCAGGACCAUUCACAUACACCGCAAAGCGUCCUUCAGAUAUCAAGUUCAAGCCUCUGAAUAAGACCAAGGAGUACACAGCUUGUGAACUUAUGAAGCUCUACAAGACUGACAACAACCUUAAACAUUACUUACCUAUCAUUGAAAAUAAACCUCUCUACCCAGUCAUCUAUGAUAGCAAUGGUGUUGUCCUGUCAAUGCCUCCGAUCAUCAAUGGAGAUCAUACCAAGAUAACACUAAAGACUAGAAACGUAUUUAUUGAAUGCACAGGAACUGACUUUACUAAGGCAAAAAUCGUCCUUGAUAUUCUUGUCACCAUGUUCAGUGAAUACUGUGAGAAUCAGUUUACAGUUGAGGCAGCUGAGGUCAUUUAUCCUAAUGGGAAAUCACAUACUUUUCCAGAAUUGGUUUACCGGAAGGAGAUUGUGAGAGCUGAUCUCAUUAACAAAAAAGUUGGAAUCAGAGAAACUCCAGAAAAUCUUGCAAAACUUCUGACCAGGAUGUGUUUAAAAUCAGAAGUCAUAGGCGAUGGCCAUCAGAUAGAGGUUGAAGUCCCUCCCACCCGCGCUGACAUCAUGCAUGCCUGUGAUAUUAUAGAAGAUGCGGCUAUUGCUUAUGGCUAUAACAACAUUCAGAUGCAUCUCCCCAAAACAUACUCCAUAGCGAGUCAAUUUCCUCUUAAUAAGCUGACCGAACUUCUCAGGCAUGACAUGGCAGCAGCUGGGUUCACUGAGGCGCUUACCUUUGCCCUGUGCUCCCAAGAAGAUAUUGCUGAUAAACUUGGUUUGGAUAUUUCUGCAACCAAGGCCGUCCAUAUAAGCAAUCCUAAAACAGCUGAAUUUCAGGUGGCACGCACUACCCUUCUUCCCGGCCUCCUGAAGACCAUAGCUGCAAACCGCAAGAUGCCCCUGCCUCUGAAACUGUUUGAAAUUUCGGACAUUGUGGUGAAAGAUUCUAGCAAAGAUGUUGGUGCGAGAAACUACAGGCAUCUCUGUGCUGUGUACUACGGCAAGAGCCCUGGGUUUGAGAUCAUCCACGGGCUGCUGGACAGAGUCAUGCAGCUGCUCGACGUGCCUCCCGGUGAGAAGAAGGGGGGCUAUGUGAUCAAAGCUUCUGAAGGCUCUGCUUUCUUCCCGGGGCGAUGUGCCGAGGUCUUUGUCCGGGGUCAGAGCGUCGGCAAGCUCGGGGUCCUGCAUCCUGACGUCAUCACCAAGUUUGAGCUGACCAUUCCCUGCUCCUCCCUGGAAAUCAAUAUCGAGCCCUUUUUGUGA